GGUGCAUCCCGACACCGGCAUCUCUUCCAAGGCCAUGGGUAUCAUGAACUCCUUCGUCAACGACAUCUUCGAGCGCAUCGCCAGCGAGGCUUCCCGCUUGGCGCACUAUAACAAGCGCUCUACCAUCACGUCCCGGGAGGUGCAGACAGCCGUGCGCCUACUGUUGCCUGGCGAGCUAGCCAAACACGCCGUGUCCGAAGGUACCAAGGCCGUCACCAAAUACACCAGCUCCAAGUGAGGCGCGCCGCAGCGCCCGGGAACCCAAAGGCUCUUUUCAGAGCCACCCACAAGAUCGAGAAAGGGUUUCGAACACGUGAAUGGUUGUUAACUGCAAAUGUAUCGCAUCUCUGUUCUUGGUUCCUCGGUUACUGGGAAGCCGCCCACAUUUACCCUUCCCCCUAGACGUGUGCGCGCAUGUGUAUGUGAAAAGAAUGCGAGAAUGUGCACCUGCUUGUUAGACCAGGUAUGGGGGCGCGGAGACCUGAAUAAUGCGGAUAGCUGAAUAAUGUGGGAGGUGAUCAACGACCCGGUAUCCACCCUCCCCUCCGCCCAUGGCUAUUAACGCUUCGCUAAGUAGAGUGGGAAGCUUAAGCUCAAAUGCGCUUUGGUGUACGGGCAGCGCCAUUUCCGAGACUUGGGUGCACGUUUCCAGGUCCUUCCUGUGUGCGAGUGGCGUUUGCCUGUCGGGGAAUGAGGAGGGGAGGGAGGUGUGGGGGGGUGUCAUCUACCCGGAGGGACCUCGUGCCGGUCCCCCACCCCCGUAUUUCUGAUGGGUGAGCCCAAAGGUGUACGAAAGGGUGCGGCUUGGUGAAGCCCGGAGCGUUGUCGCGCAGCUCUGGCGGUGGUUUCCUGGCGUUGCAUCCCUGCCUAGACCAGCCAUCUUUAUCCCAAAGCAAUGAACAUUUACAGGAAGAUGUUUGUACGGCUGGAUCCUGCAAUAGCAGGAUGUUUUAAACCGAAAGGGAAAUAGAAGCGUGGUGGAACUCAGCCCUCCGUGCGUAGGAGCCGAAUGUAAUAAGCCGACCCCUGCUGCAGGUAGUUCUAACCCUUGCGGGGGAGGGGGAGCAAUUUAAGAGGAAAAUAACCCUUUUCUCAAUAAAUGUGGCUUACUUCUA